AUGGAGAAUAAUACUUCGUAUAGUGUCCUUUUGCCUGAAAGAGUAAGUUCUUGGUACAUUGUUUUAACUAGUCUGGCAAUGAUUAUUUUGGCUAUACUAACAGUAGCCGGCAAUAUUUUUGUAAUCCAUGCAGUGUUCACGAACAGGGCCCUACGUAUUGUUCCAAACUUUUUCAUCGUUUCCUUAGCAGUUGCCGACUUACUUGUGGCGAUACUAGUGAUGCCAUUUCAUAUUUCAACAAAUAUAACCGGCGCGUGGAUUUACGGAGGAGUGCUGUGUCAAAUAUGGUUGACAAGCGAUGUAUUUCUUUGCACUGCAUCGAUUCUUAACUUGUGCAUCAUCGCAUUGGACAGAUAUUGGGCAAUACAUGACCCCAUCAGGUACGCCCAGAAAAGAACGGUCAAAAGAGUGCUAGUCAUGAUAGCAAUAUCUUGGACGCUCAGCGGUAUGAUAUCAAUUCCACCCGUUUUUGGAUGGGGUGAUAAAGACGACGAUAGCUUAUAUGACGACGACGUUAAAACAUGCACGCUAUCUUCUGAUAAAGGUUAUGUUUUGUAUUCGGCAUGCGGGUCCUUUUAUAUACCUCUCGCAGUAAUGUCUUUCGUGUAUAUUCAUAUUUUCAUUGCAACAAAAAGACGACUUAGAGAACGCACAAAAGCAGCGAAGAAAACUAAACUUGCGAUGAGAAAUAUUGUGAACAACAAGGACGGAAACGCAAAUAAAAAAAGAAAUAACAGCGAUAGUACGAACGAUGAUCACGAUGAAAGGAAUGAAGAUAUUGUAGAAGAACCAAGUAACCAUUGCAAUACGACGUCUUCCGAAUCAGCAAACACUAUAAAUAACUUCUUUGAAGAAAAGCAAAGGAUUUCGCUCUCGAAGGAACGAAAAGCUGCCAGAACAUUAGCUAUUAUAAUGGUAACCUUUGUUCUUUGUUGGAUCCCGUUUUUUCUAAUGUAUCUCAUUUUACCAUUCUGUGACUCGUGUACUUAUCCAGGGACGAAAGUUGAAGCAUUAUUUGUAUGGCUUGGUUAUGUUAAUUCCACGCUUAAUCCCAUCAUAUAUACUGUGUUCAAUAUGGAGUUCCGUAAAGCCUUCCAGAGGAUUACAGCAAAAUGUAGAGGCAACGACUCUGGACGAAUCGCAUUGACUCGAACAUGUGUAUAA